CUUGUAUUUCAUUAUUCACACUCCAUUCAACUUUUUCCCCAUUCUUCAGUUUCGUUUCACCUUCUUGCAUAUUUUGCUUUGCAGCCGCCAUGUGCGGAAUCCUUGCAGUGUUUGGUUGCGUCGACAACUCUCAGGCCAAACGCGCCCGCAUCAUCGAGUUAUCUCGCAGGUUGAGGCAUCGAGGUCCUGAUUGGAGUGGCUUGCAUUGCCAUGAGGAUUGUUACCUUGCUCAUCAGCGUCUCGCUAUUAUCGACCCUACUUCAGGGGAUCAACCUCUCUACAAUGAGGACAAGACUGUUUUUGUCACUGUGAAUGGGGAGAUAUACAACCAUAAGGAUUUGAGACAGACACUGAAGUCCCAUCAACUUCGAACUGGCAGUGAUUGUGAAGUGAUUUCCCAUCUUUAUGAAGAGCAUGGAGAAGACUUUAUUGAUAUGCUGGAUGGAAUGUUCUCCUUCAUCCUUCUUGAUACUAGAGAUAAAAGUUUUAUUGCUGCUCGUGAUGCUAUUGGCAUUACCCCUCUUUACUUGGGCUGGGGCCAUGAUGGAUCAAUAUGGUUUGCAUCUGAAAUGAAAGGUCUGAGUGAUGAUUGUGAAAGAUUCAUAUCUUUUCCACCGGGGCAUAUAUAUUCCAGCAAACAGGGAGGAUUAAGAAGGUGGUACAAUCCGCCAUGGUUCUCAGAGCAUAUUCCUUCUACACCUUAUGAUCCAAUGAUUUUGCGUCAGGCCUUUGAGAGGGCUGUAGUUAAGAGAAUGAUGACUGAUGUACCUUUUGGAGUUCUUUUGUCUGGAGGAUUGGACUCAUCACUUGUUGCUGCUGUGGCCAAUCGUCAUUUGGCUGCAUCUGAAGCUGCUUGCCAGUGGGGAUCGCAGUUACAUACUUUUUGCAUUGGUUUAAAGGGGUCCCCGGAUUUAAAAGCUGCAAAAGAGGUAGCAGAUUAUCUAGGUACUUGUCACCACGAACUGAAUUUCACUGUUCAGGAAGGUAUAGAUGCACUUGAAGAAGUCAUAUACCAUAUUGAAACAUAUGAUGUAACGACUAUCAGAGCUAGUACUCCAAUGUUUCUGAUGUCCAGAAAAAUUAAAUCCUUGGGAGUGAAAAUGGUUCUUUCUGGAGAAGGUUCAGAUGAAAUAUUUGGAGGUUACCUGUAUUUCCAUAAGGCACCUAACAAGGAGGAAUUUCACGAAGAAACGUGUCAAAAAAUUAAAGGUCUUCAUCUUUAUGACUGCCUUAGAGCCAACAAAUCAACUUCAGCAUGGGGUGUAGAGGCACGUGUACCAUUCUUGGAUAAAGAAUUUAUCAACAUAGCCAUGGAUAUGGAUCCGGAGUGGAAAUUGAUAAAGCCUGAUAUUGGAAGGAUAGAAAAGUGGGUAUUGCGCAAUGCAUUUGAUGAUGAUAAGAAUCCAUAUUUACCAAAGCACAUAUUAUACAGGCAGAAGGAACAGUUCAGUGACGGUGUUGGCUACAGCUGGAUUGAUGGCUUGAAGGAUCAUGCUGACAAACAAGUCACAGAUUCAAUGCUGAAGCAUGCCAACUGUGUUUACCCUGAAAACACUCCUACUACAAAAGAGGGAUAUCUCUACCGGACAAUUUUUGAGAAGAUAUAUCCAAAGAAUGCUGCUAGGCAAACAGUUCCAGGAGGUCCAAGUGUGGCAUGCAGCACUGCAAAAGCUGUGGAAUGGGAUGCAACUUGGUCCAAAAAUCCUGACCCUUCUGGUCGUGCAGCGCUGGGUGUUCAUGCAGCUGCGUAUGCAGAUGCACCAUAAUAACCGAGAUCAAUAACGGGUCCAUCUAAAGUUGAUGAAAAUGAAACUACUGGAGAAAUGGGAUUGUUUUUAUUUUUCACAAAUUAAGACAUUUUAAAGUUUUAGAUCUCCAGCAGAUUAAGGUUAUAUUUCUUGCUCUCU